AUUUGUGGACCCCACGUCAUGCAUGAGUGAACAUGUUUGGUGAUUGAACGUGUAUAUUUUUAAAUCAAAAUUACUGAUAUUUGUAUUAAUUUAAAUUAUGGCGGAUCCAUACAAUAAUGGAAUAAACCAUGAAGAUGGGAAAAUACCAUUUGAAUCGGCCCUCGAUAAAGCAGGAUUCGGCCUUUUUACUUUCCUGUACUCCACGUUGAUCGGGUUCAUCAUCAUAACGUUUGUGUUCAUCUCGUACGGCAGCACCAUCAUCGUGCCGACGAGCGCGUGCGAGCUGGAGACCACCACCACCCAGCAGGGGAUGCUCGCUGCCGCUCCUGUUAUUGGACUUUUAUUGGGGGCAGUUCUAUGGGGAUACCUGGGUGACACUCGUGGGAGGCGGCGAAUGCUGCUGGUGUCACUGCUGGCAGCUGGCACUAUCAAUAGUUUAGCUAGCCUCUCCGUCAACUGGAUCAUGUUACUGGUGCUACAAUUUAUCGCUUCCAUAUUUGCAUCUGGUCUAUACUCCUUAUCGAUGACACUACUGAGUGAGUGUGUUCCCAUGGGCAAGCGGAAUAUCGUCCUUCUCUUGGUGACCAGCAUCUUCUUGUUGUCACAAGGAUUAAUGGCUGUGUUGGCUAUACCUAUUAUACCACUAAGUUUCUCCACUUAUCUUCCUGCUCUGGAUAUAUUCUGGAACUCCUGGAGAACAUUGAUGGUGGUGUACUCCAUACCAAGCUUUAUAACUGCUCUUUGCCUAUUCUUCUUGCCGGAGAGUCCUAAAUUUGUAUUAUCUCAAGGUAACGAAGAACAGGCCUUGGAGAUUUUAAGAACAAUACACAGAAUCAACAAUAGGAGCUCUAAAGAAGAAUACCAGGUGAAAGGUCUCAUAAGAGAAGUGGAAAAGCAAGACAAACCAUCGAUGAAGGAGCAAAUAGUGCCGCUGUUCAGAGCGCCGCUGCUCAAGUUCACCAUUAUUAUGACCACACUCUUGGUAUUCCAGCAGUAAGUGCAGCGUUUACUUAUCAUUGUAGGGCAGGCGAUCCGGUUUUGGCGAGUUCAAGAGUUGCUAUAAAGUUAACUUUAACACAUCACAUCUGUUAAC